AUGCAACCCCACGAGUCUGCGACGCCUAUGGCACCCCCAUCUACAACCCUUCGACAGCAGUCGCAAAAGCGCCUGCUUAAUUCUUCCCCAGUUACGCCGUCAAAGCGACGUCGAAUUCUGCCUUUCCCCUCAACCGGAUCCCUGAGGACUCCAGCGUCAACCAAAAUAUCGUUCACUUCCACUCCUCUGUCCACCCCGCGCACUAGAACAGAGCUAGAUCGGUACUAUGAAGAUGUGGAAAGAGACGCGCGUAGGAUUCUCGUUGUGAAGAAUCAGCUGAAUAACCUUCAGCGGGGAGUAGACGCAGAUCCACAGAGCUCGCCAGAGGCCACCUCGGAAUCAACACCAAUGACUACGAAAAAGGCUGUCAAAUUGCUGGAAAAGAUCUUGAAGGAAGACCAAUUGGUCAAAACUCUCGAGGGGGAACGCAGGCAGAUUGAACCAAAGACGCGCGGCCCCAAACGUUCUGACAAGGGCGGCGUCGUCAAAUCCUCCCGGAACAAAGAGCGGACAAGACGUGAAAAACUGAGCAAAGACAUCAGAAACACCCGCAAGAGGAUUGGUAACGCCUGGGCUAGACUUAAAUAUGCCCAGUUUGUCACUGAGCCUGAUACCUUAGCUAUAACCACCACAGGCGUAUUCGAGGACGCCAUGUAUUCGAUGUCAUCUCCCAUUGGGCUGGUGGCUGUCCAAGCAGAGGCCGAAGGCGAUUCAGGCGAAAUGGCAGAUAACUCGGAUAGUGAGCCCAUGCUCCCUACAGGCCGGACUAUCGCUCGGUCAAUCAUGUCGCCUUCUGUCCCCCCGGAACCACUCCAGGAAACGGAAAACCCGAAUAUCGAUGGAGACAAGGAUGACACGGAGAGUCCUGCUGAAAAUCGCAAUGCCGAUACAGACUCAAAUAAAGAAAAUGUGCCUGUGGAGAAGCAGAUGGCCCGAGAGUCUGUAUCCCUCUCAAAGUCGGUACAGGACAGACCCCUUCUCUUCACUAAGCUAAAACAUAAUCAUAGGACUACUCAUACCCCUCGUCGAUCAAUCUACACGCCCGGUUCCAGUGAUGAUGAAGACCGGCCUGAACCAAAACGUCACGAAAGGACCUCGACACACACUACGACAGAGGCAACUACUCCCAGUGUCGGAGUGCCGGCUGACCAAACGGCGGAGAAGACGACGAGCCCCAUUAACCCUAACACGGAGGAGACCCAAGGAAAAGCUCCCUUGCGACAGUCAGUGAUUCCUUUGAUCCUUCAUUCAACCCCAUUAUUUAACCAUCCUGUAUUCUCCAGCUCUGAGGACGACAUCAUCGACAGUGAGGAGGACCAGGGCAGCUCGGACAAUUAUGAAGAAAAAGGCGACGUGAAACUCAAGACGGAAACAGAUGACGACGAUUGCUCCGAUGACGAGGAUGAGAGUGAAUACAGCGAUGCCAAGGUUAAGAUGGAAACGGAUGACGAGGACAGCUCCGAUGAUGAGGACGAGAGUGAAGACAGCGAGGCGAAAGUCAAGAUGGAAGCCGAUGAUGAUGAUGACGAUGACGAUAGCGAAGAUGAGGAGGACGAUGACGAAGGCGGCGAUGUUGAAGUCAAGGCCAAGGUGGAAGAUGAGGAAUCUAGGCGGGGUAGUGAAGGCACGAGAGAAGUGGAAGACAAUCAAGACGCAGAAGACACGGGUAAUGGGCAAGAUAUGGUCCAACAGAAAGAAGGGUCAGUUAUCCAUACCCCCUCUCGUUGUACCAUCAACCACGCUGACAUUUAG